GCGCGGAGCAGCGGGUUUCCUUAUUUAAAAGGCUCUCUCCCCGGAGCAGCGACUUACUCCGAACGCUUUCAGCCGCAGUGGGUUUGCGGUCGCACGGCCAUGGCCUCCAUCACCUGCCGGCUCCAGUACCUGGACGACUCGGAUCCGUUCAUCUGUUCAAACUUCCCCGAACCUCGGAGACCUCCGACGGUGAACCUGGAGGAGAACCUGCCGCUCAGUGAGCAGAUCGCCGGGAUUCACAAGCUGCUGGAGGCGCCGCUGAAGUUGGAGGAGUGCACCCUUCAGUUGUCUCCUAAUGGAAACUAUCUGGACCUGGACUCGUCUCUGGCCGAACAGAGGGACGAGCUGGAGAACCUCUAUGAAGACGUGAUAAGAGGAAAGAAGCCGAUUCUGAUCCUGAGGACUCAGCUCUCCGUCCGUGUUCACUCCAUCCUCGAGAAGCUGUAUAACUCUCAGGGCCCGGAGCUCAGACGGUCUCUCUUCUCUCUCAAACAGCUCUUCCAGGACGAUAAAGACCUGGUUCCAGAGUUUGUGGCGUCUGAAGGUUUGACCUGUUUCAUUAAAGUUGGAGCGGAGGCCGACCAUAACUACCAGAACUACAUCCUGAGAGCUCUCAGUCAGAUCAUGCUGUUUGUGGACGGUAUGAACGGAGUGAUAAACCACAAUGAGACGGUGCAGUGGCUCUACACCCUCACAGGAAGUCUGUCUCGCCUGGUGGUGAAAACGUCUCUGAAGCUGCUCAUCGUGUUUGUUGAAUAUUCAGAGUCCAACAGUCCACGGCUCAUCGACGCUGUGAACACAGUGGACGGACAGAGAGGUGUGAAGCCGUGGAGUUAUCUGAUGGACGUCCUGGAGGAGAGAAACGGCUCUGACACUGAGCUGCUCAUAUUCGCCAUGACGCUCAUCAACAAGACGCUGGCAGCGCUCCCUGACCAGGACUCGUUCUACGAUGUGACUGACAGUCUGGAGCAGCUGGGGAUGGAGACCAUCAUCCACAAGCACAUGAACAACAAGGGGACGGAGCCUGACCUCCGAGCUCAGUUCACCAUCUACGAGACAGCUCUGAAGUAUGAGGACGGUGAGGUGGACGAGUCGUCCCUCCACCUCCGUAAAGACAGAAGAAAGCUGGCCACCAGCGAUCAGGAGGGACGGAAGAGCCGCCGCUCGUCCAGUCAAAACCUUCCCGACCUCCUGUCCUCCUCCGCAGGCUCCUCCCCCUCCACUUCACCCACCCCUGCCUUCCUCUCCCCCUCUACCGCCAACACCCCCCUCUCCCCCGCCAUCUCUGCGACCUCCUCCCCCAGCCCCACGGCCGGGUCUGGCAGCAGGACCUCGUCCCCGCUGACCCCCGACCCUGACAGCCCCGUCUCCAGUCUGUCCGGAUCCCAGAGAGGGUCUCCUGUCCCCCCCCACACCGCCCCCAACUCCACCAUGACCUCAGAGCAGGACACGAAGACGCCGUCCAGCCCGAGUCGCUCUUUCCUCAGCCACCACAUGUCUGCUCUGGGUCUGAGCAGGAAGUCCAGGCUCUUCUCCAAAGCCAGCUCCAUCUCUGAGGAGCCGUCAGCCGCCUGCAGCUCGUCCUCCUCAGACCCCUCCCUCCAGGAGAAGUGUCCCCAGUUGAACCCAGAGCAGCUCAGCAACAAGUCAGAGACUAAAGCUGGUUUCAGCUCUGGGGAGGCUGACUCCUCCUUCUGCUCUGAUGACUGUAAUGUAACUCAGGACAAACCGGUGCUGAAGAAGUUUGAAGGCACCUUCCUGCGCAGCCUUGCGGCCACGCAGUGGGACAAGAGAAAAAGAAGUAUUCACCUUAAUCAGUCCAGGCUGUCCCCGUCUGAUGACAUCAUAACCCCGAGCCCACAUCCGACCUCAGAGGAGCACGGGGGUGUCCCGGCUGCAGAGCCGUCACAUCACGAAUCCAGCAGUUCAGACACAAACGGACACUCAGACUCCCAGAAAGACCCAGCAGCGUCCGUGCAGCGUCAGUGCAGCACGCUGUCCAAUGACAAGAAGUUCCUGCUGGACAUGCUGUACUCCAAGACGGCUGCCGCGGGGCCUGUGAGCCCGACGGCUGACGCUCCUGCCGCCACCGAGGAGGAAGGGAGCGGCCAACCCGGCGGUGGAGAUCUCGGGGGUCGGGGUCGUGUGUUGGAGCGUCUGUCCAGCUUCAGAGCGCGCUCAGAGGAGCCUUCCGUCUCCAGCGAGAGCAGCGCCUCCCGCAGGGCGGAGCUGGAAGGGUUGGAGGGCUCGGCCCAGGCAGCACGGGCCCGACUGGCUGAAGAGCAGCAGAGCCGUCACCUCCGGCAGCAGAGCAGCAUCGAUGCAGAGAGCCACGCCCGCCGCCUGGAGACGACCCAGAUGACCCCGCUGGGCCCCGGGGGCCCCGCCGAUGCCUGGGACCAGCUGCAGCCGAGCGCCGCCGCCCUGCGCAUCAAAGACCUGGACUUCUCCGACCUGCUGGAUGAGGAGGACAUCGACGUCUUGGACAUGGAUACCUUCGACUCCUCCUCCUCCUGCUUCUCUGGCAUCCCUCCCCCUCCUCCUCCUCCCCCGGGCUUGGCUGCUCCACCUCCUCCCCCACCUCCUCCGCCAGGGGGUUUGGCUCCUCCCCCGCCUCCUCCCCCUCCACCAGGCGCUCCUCCUCCUCCUCCCCCUCCUCCCUCCUCGUCCUCGGCGGCCGUGUUCUCCCAGAAGAAGAAGAAGACGGUGAAGUUGUUCUGGAAGGAGCUGAAGCAGGCGGACAGACCUCAGAAGUGUCGCUUCGGCCGGGGGACGGUCUGGGCGUCUCUGGACAAAGUGGCAGUGGACACCACCCGACUCGAACAUCUGUUUGAGUCUAAAGCCAAGGAACUCCCUGUUGCCAAGAAAGGACCCGAGACCAAGAAGUCCGAGAUUCUGGUUCUGGACCCCAAGAGGAGCAACGCCAUCAACAUCGGUAUGACUGUCCUGCCGGCUGUCCACGUCAUCAAGACCGCCAUCCUCAACUUCGACGAGUUCGCCAUCAGCAAGGAGGGGAUAGAGAAGAUCCUGACCAUGAUCCCCACAGAGGAGGAGAAGCAGAGGAUCCAGGAGGCUCAGCUGGCAAAUCCUGACGUCCCUCUGGGCACCGCAGAGCAGUUCCUGUUCAGCCUGGCCUCCAUCAGUGCCCUGACCCCCCGCCUGCAGCUCUGGGCCUUCAAACUCAACUACGAGGCUCUGGAGAAGGAGAUCGCAGAGCCACUGUUUGAUCUGAAGCUGGGGAUGGAGCAGCUGGCGUCCAAUCAGACCUUCAGGAGAAUCCUGGCCACGCUGCUCGCCAUCGGAAACUUCCUCAACAGCUCCAACGCUAAAGGCUUUGAGCUGGGUUACCUGGAGAAGGUGGUGGAAGUGAAGGACACGGUUCACCGUCAGUCUCUGCUGCAUCACACCUGCAGCCUGGUGGUGGAGAAUUACCCAGAAUCCUCUGAUGUGUACUCUGAGAUUCCUGCCAUCACGCGAUCGGCCAAAGUGGACUUUGAGCUGCUCUCGGAGAACCUGGUCCAGCUGGAGAGACGCUGCAAAGCAUCAUGGGACAACCUGAAGGUGGUGGCCAAACAUGAGACCAAAGCGGUGCUGAAGAACAAGAUGACAGACUUCCUGAAGGACUGCACUCAGAGGAUCAUCAUCCUGAAGGUCGUCCACAGGAGGGUCAUCAACAGGUUCCACUCCUUCCUGCUGUUCCUGGGUCACCCGUCCUCCUCGGUCAGAGACAUUAAAGUCACCAGCUUCUGUCGGAUCGUCAGUGAGUUUGCUCUGGAGUAUCGCACCAACAGAGAGCGAGUCCUCACGCUCAAACGAAAACGAGCCGCUCACCGAGAGAGAACCAAGACCAGAGGCAAGAUGAUCACCGAGACGGAGAAGUUUUCGGGGGCGGUGCCUCGUCAGGACAGUCCCUCCCCAGUCUCCCUGGCGGCGGAGGCGGAGCCGGGUCAGGAGGAGGAGCAUGAGAACAUGAAGAACCUGCUGAUCAGCAACAACAGCAGCCUGAGGGCUGAGCAGAGCGGCCUGCGGCGCUCCAGGGCCGUCCGCAGUCUGGGCAGGGUGAGUCCAUCUCAGAUGUCUGUAGCCAAAGAGGAUGGCACCAGCUCCCAGGACGACGCCACAGAGGAGAUCAUGGACAGACUGGUCAAAUCCGUUACCCAGAAUCCAUCGGACAGAGCAUCCAGUCCCAAGACCCGAAAACGCUCCAGACUCAACAGGAAGUCACUGAGGAGGACUCUGAAGAGCGGUCUCAGUCUGGACGUGGUUCAGGCUCUGGGACUCAACAACAAGACAGGAGACAAAGUCUGAGCCUCUGCUCAGACUGAUGGACGGGCCCACGCCGUGGAUUCGAGUCUCCAUCAGGUGACGGGAGCGGACUCUCUGCUCGCUCAUUCAAACUCAGCAAACUUUAUUGCCUCAGCUGCUGGGACACAGACGUUUGAGCGGGACAGAUGUUGCUUCUCUGCUGUGGCUCUGACAUGGACGAGUCUGAACGAUGAUAUAGAAACUCAGGACAGACACACAACGCUGUCCCCUCUGACUCAGUGUCCUCAUUAAUGAUAACACAAAGAACAACACACGUCUCAGACACACACAGCUGAGCAAAGUGUGGACGACUGAGGAGACGCAACAGCUGCCGCCAUAUUGUUUUAACUUCAGCCUGAUUUUCAACGACCGCGAGACGACAACAGCUACACAAUAUCACUACACACACACAGCUACACACAGACAACUACACAAUAUCACUACACACACACAGCUACACACACACAGCUACACACAGACAACUACACAAUAUCACUACACACA